GGGAGGAAGGAGGAGGGUGGCUGCACCUGCUGUCCCGCGCCUCGCUGCAGUGAGAUUUGGAUCGCAACACAGCUCGGAGCGGAACACCUGCCACACGCUUACCGGGGCGGGGGGUGCACAAAAGAACACUACAUCCGGCAACGAUGCCCCGUCUGAGCGGCGGAGGCGGCGGGUGCACCGGCACCCUUUUCUCGGCGUGCCUUCUCUCCGUGUGUCAAGCCCUGCGGAGCUGCGGGGAGGUUCAGUGCGCCGAUGGCCAACAGUGCUGCACGCCAAACGUCGCCGGGAACGGGAGCGGCGCCGGAGGUGGCGGCGGCGGUGGUGGAGGAGGAGUCGGAGGCUCAAUGGUUCGUUGCUGUAAGCUCCCGAUGCACAUCUUCUUCGACAACGUGGGCUGGUUCACGCGGAAGUUGUCGGGCAUCCUUAUCCUGUUGCUGCUCUUCGCCAUGGGCUACUUCAUCCAGCGGAUUGUGUGCCCGAGACCGCGCCGCCACCCGCACCAGGACCGCGGGGAGGAGCCCGCGUUCUUCCACGGCCACGCGUCCGCCUCCCAAGACUCCCUGCUGGACCGCUACCCAGAGUGCAACCCGGUGGACUUCGCCUCGCCCAACUUGCCAGCCUACGACGAGGUGAAAUAUUUGCCCACGUACGAGGAGAGCAUGCAGGAGAUGCAUCGGGACCGCUCCGACGACAACUUGUUGGCCGAAAUCGAGACGAGCGCUCCGGGCAGAGGAAGGGCGGCCGGGCCGGAGGCUGGGGAGCACACACUGGAUGUUCUGGAGGGGUCGGGAGGGCAGCAGCCCAGCCCAAGGACAUCUCGGAACUCUGUCUGACGGAAACCACGUGCAUUAAGACAAUAUCCUGUUAUUCUUUUGAUUUGAAUUUUACUCUCAAGUGCAAUUUUAUCACCGAAUGUUGACAAUAAAGAGAGACAACAAUUGCCUUUUGUAUGCAAAUGAGCGCCUGGGUUAUGUAAAAUAAAGAUGAAAAUG